GUAUUAACAUAUAGCAUCGGUGCACGCAUCUAUUUUAUAAUUGGGAGGAUAAUCAAUAAACUUAAACUUAUGUUAUGGCAUUCUAACUCUGAACGAUGAAAUGAAAUGGAGUUCCAAGAUAAGCGUUUAUCUCUGAGAUCGAGCUUGACGUUCAGCGAGACGCUGUGCGCAGUGUUCAUUCCGUUCAUAGGAAUAGUCGAAGCUUUGGUUUUCACAUUCACUAGUUGCUUCGAUUUCCAAUCUCCCAGGAAUAAGAAGAAACAUUCUUCUACCUUCGACGACAUUCUCACCCUCGCCGAGGAUUCUCCAUUUAGUAUUAAUGAAAUCGAGGCCUUGCGUGAGUUGUUCAAGAAGUUGAGUAGUUCUAUCAUUGAUGAUGGCCUCAUCCACAAGGAAGAACUCACAUUGGCACUGUUGAAGACCACCACCGGGGAGAAUCUUUUCCUUGACAGGGUGUUUGAUGUCUUUGAUGAAAAAAGAAACGGCGUUAUAGAAUUUGAGGAGUUUGUGCAUGCUCUCAGUAUCUUUCAUCCUUGUACUCCUCUGGAAAAGAAAAUUGAUUUUGCUUUUAGAUUGUAUGACUUGAGACAGACUGGAUAUAUUGAGAGAGAAGAAGUUAGGCAAAUGGUUGUUGCCAUUCUGUCAGAAUGUGGCAUGGAUCUGGAUGAUGAAAUCCUUGAUACCAUUAUUGAUAAGACAUUUCAAGAUGCUGAUGCUGACAAAGAUGAUAAAAUAAGCAAAGAAGAAUGGAAGGCAUUUGUCAUUCGACACCCGACACUCUUGAAGCACAUGACUCUACCUCAUCUAAAGGACAUUACUACACUGUUUACCAGUUUCAUCUUCAACACCGAAGUUGAUGAUUCUCACUGGCAUAUUAAUGGCAAUCAUUAACAUUGAGGAGUUGAAGCUUGUUGUUCUGUUGCACUCUCCCAAUGUUGACUGCAUCACACCAACGAGAGAAUUCAUGGAAGUGAAUCAAACCACCAAAGAGUGUUAAAAAUUUGAUCCGAACCAGUAAAAAGGGCUUAAAUUGAAUCCAAUUACUGUUUGGUUUGAUCAGCUUACUGUGCAUAGUACAGCUCAUUUUGGCCGGUGUACAAAAUUUAUUGGUAUGAUCAUAAAAGGUUUAACUAUUUAGCCUCCAUGUCUACACAAUUUUAGGCCCCGAUCGGGGAUGGUUGUAACUUAUCAGUUUUCAAUUUUGAAAUGUUAUUUUUAAAUCCAAGACCUGUUUGGAUAA